AUGGCGCCCAGCUCGGGCCACGGCCCCCAUCCCUCCAACGGCUCCUCGUCGGGCGAACGACGUUACAGCUCUGCGGCUAACGGGAAAGCUGCCGCGGUGGCCGCGAGGCACGACCGAACCCCCAAUACACCCAGGAAAGAAAAUGGUGGACGUGAAAAGGCGUUACAAGAUCCGGGACUAAGAGAUUACCGUCUAGGAGAAUGUCUAGGCAAAGGAGCUUUCGGCUCUGUGUAUAAGGCUAUCCACUGGGGCACGGGCGAGGCCGUUGCGGUUAAGCAGAUCAAAUUGGUGAACUUGCCAAAGAGUGAGCUACGAAUGAUUGAGGCCGAGAUCGAUCUACUGAAGAACCUGAAUCAUGACAACAUUGUCAAGUACAUUGGAUUUGUCAAAUCGACAGAUUGUCUUAACAUUAUCCUCGAGUACUGCGAGAACGGUUCUCUACAUUCGAUAUGCAAAGCGUACGGGAAGUUCCCAGAGAACCUAGUUGGGGUUUAUAUGACCCAGGUUCUUCAAGGUCUACAAUAUCUACACGACCAGGGUGUGAUACAUAGAGAUAUCAAAGGUGCCAACAUCUUAACAACCAAAGAUGGCAAGGUGAAACUUGCAGACUUUGGCGUGUCGACUAGUACUCUCGCCGGACCCGACAAGGAAGCUCAGGUGGUGGGAACACCAUAUUGGAUGGCCCCUGAGAUUAUUGAGCUGUCCGGUGCUACGCCUGCGUCCGACAUUUGGAGUUUGGGCUGCACAGUUAUUGAGCUGUUGUCUGGUAAACCUCCGUAUCACCAUUUACAAGCUAUGCCUGCUUUAUUUGCUAUUGUUAACGAUGAUCAUCCACCUUUACCCGAAGGUGUAUCGUCGGCUGCGCGUGACUUUCUUAUCCAGUGUUUCCAGAAGGAUCCGAAUCUACGUGUCUCGGCAAGGAAGUUAUUGAAACACAAUUGGAUCGUAGGUUGCCGACGAAGUGACGCCCCGGUAGCCAAAGCCCCCGGCAACUUUAGCCAGGCUGUUGAAGAAGUCAAACAAUGGAACAAGGCACUCACCUCUUCAGAAACCAACUUACGAGCUUCCGGUGGUUCCGACUCGAUCCCCUUCCAUGGCCACCAAGGCUCAAGAUUUACAUCGCAGGAACAAUCUAGGUCCAAUUUGCCAACUCCAGCCAAAGCACCCUUUGCAUUGGGCAAGCCCAGACCCACCGCGAAUGAUUUCCGAUCUCCUGAACUUGCAGAUGAUGAUAAUUGGGACGAUGACUUUGCUACCGCUAUUUCGCCGAGUGCUCUUAAGCUUCCGCACGUUAAACCGCAAGACCAUUUCGGCGGUAUGCUUUCCGCAGACCGAUUAAAGGCAUUCGCAUCGAUCGACAGUUCACGCGAUAUCUCGGCGAGCUGGGAUAAUGAUUACGGUGGUGAGCUAAUGACGAUGAAUAAAUUACAUCCAAUCCAGGACGAAGACCCCUUAGAAAAGACAAUUCGUCCCAAUUGGAAGAUGGCUGCCAAACCCGAUAAACCCGUGGAAUCGAAACCACAGUCAUCCAAAUCAUCUCCCCGCAAACGACCACCAAGCGGCCACCACAAACAAAAAUCCCAACCCAAAAACCAACUUGGCAGUAGGUUCCAAUUACCACCAAGACCUGAUGUGGUAUAUAGAGAACAAUCGGUGGAAGAUUACUCUGAUCUCUUUGACGAUAAUGACAGCGUCUUUAACCAGGGGCUAGGGCUCUCGAAGAAGGUACACCACACCCAACUACGACCCAUCCUGUCUAGCCCUAUCCCACCCCGUACACCCCAUACACCUAAAAAAUCAAAUCAACGCUCACACGCAAGGGUACAGCCUGAUACACCGCAGCUCUUUCACCCUUCGGAUCUAACUAGUCUGCCGCGGUCUAUGCAGUCUCCCGAGGCGGGAAGCAUAAGAAGGCAACCUUCGGCGCGACCGUCAGCUUUACCCGACCGACCACUGCAGCGAUCGAAAUCGUCUAUUGAGAUUCAAAAAUUUGCCGAAGAUGAAGGGGACGAGGAUUUCUCCGACAUAUUCGGACCCGGCGAUAAUCUAACCGAAAAGGAGGAGAGUGAUCGUGGGUCUGAGGACGGGAAUUUUAUGGUUCUUUCUCGAUUGUCUAACAAUUCGUGGCUUGGUGACGACGAAGACGAAGACGAUCCAUUUGCAUCUAUGGAUCCAGGCUGGGAUGAAAUGGAUUUGGAGGCAAACCUUGCGCGUGAUCGACAUGCGCGACUUGCCGAAAGGAUUGAGGAGCUUGUUCGCUCGCUCAAGACUACUGAAGGCGAGGAUAUACUGCUUGAGCUUUCGGGUGAUUUGCUGGGAUUACUUUGGGAAAACACCGAGGUCAAAAAUCUGAUCAUCAGUGCCCACGGGCUACUACCCAUCUUGGAGAUACUGGAACCUUGUACGGUCAAAAGUAGGCAGCAGAUGAUCCUGCAAUUGCUGCAAGUCGUCAACACGAUUAUAUUAGACGACGUCGAACUUCAAGAGAACUUAUGCUUCGUCGGUGGUAUUCCCAUUAUUACCAAGUUCGCCGCAAGGCAAUACUCAAACGAAAUCCGAUUAGAGGCCGCAGCGUUUGUGAGACAAAUGUACCAAACAUCAACCCUUACACUGCAGAUGUUUGUUAGUGCAGGUGGUCUCAAUGUUCUCGUUGAAUUCUUGGAUGAAGAUUACGAUAGCGCAAGGGACUUAGUACUCAUCGGUGUGAAUGGUAUUUGGAACGUCUUUGAACUUCAAGGCCCUACCCCGAAGAACGAUUUCUGUCGAAUAUUCUCCAGGAGCAACAUCUUGGAUCCCCUUGCUCUUGUUCUCCAUCGUGUCUUAGAUCGAGAUGUCGAGACUGAAUUAGCAGAACUGAUUGAAGGUCGUAUCGUCAACAUCUUCUACUUAUUCGCACAAGCCGAGAAUUAUGUCAAGGAGAUGGUGGCCGAUCGACAAGUUCUGAAGAGUGUUCUCAAGGAUCUUAAACGCAUGACUCCUAUACACCAAAUUACGAUGCUAAAGUUCAUCAAGAACUUGUCAAUGCUUUCAACAACUCUUGAUGCUCUCCAUGCUGCAGAUGCGAUCGACCUUCUCAUUACCCUCCUCGACAGUGUCUUGGAUAAGGGACGAUCCCAUUUACGUGAGAUCUCUAACCAAGUACUCAACACCAUGUUUAAUCUUUGCCGCCUAAGCAAGGAUCGCCAAGAAUACGCCGCUGUGAACGGGAUUAUUCCGCUUCUGUUAAGGAUUAUGAAGACUGAUCGACCUCCAAGAGAAUUCGCUCUACCUAUUCUCUGCGAUAUGGCCCAUUCAGGAAGCAAGGGCCGUCGUUUCUUAUGGCAAAACCAAGGUCUAGAUUUCUAUGUCUCACUAAUAGCAGACCAAUACUGGCAAGUCACUGCGUUAGACGCCAUUUUCGUUUGGUUGCAAGAAGAAACGGCAAAGGUUGAAGGCCACCUCCUAAAUGGCCAAUUUACAGACGCAAUCGUAUCUUGUUUCAACACCCAAAAGACGAACGCCUUCGAUCCUAAUCUCUUAGAACCAUUGCUAAAAGUUCUUCGACUUUCUCCAUCUUUGGCAGCUUCCCUAGCUAAAUCAAACAUGUAUUCUGGAAUUGCCCAGAAACUAUCUCACAAAAAGGCUGUGGUACGCCUCAAUCUUCUACGUCUCGUUCGAAACAUACUUGAAGCUCGAGAAACCGACUACUUCAGCGAUCUCAACGACAAACAGCUCCGAUCACUACUCGACGAUAUCAAAAUCCUUGCUGAGAAGGACUCUGCCGUACUUGUGCGAAACUUGGCAUCGGAUCUUGUCGCUUCCCACAUAGACAGCAAUUCCAACCCAAUAGUUGCGCCCCUAUCGGCGUCACAAAGUUCAAAUACAGGAUCCCACCGUACGCGAUCUAGCGGUCGCAUAUUCACACCUCCUUCGCUUCAUUCGUCUCAUUCAGUUCCUAUUACACCAACACAAGGACCUCGCGAACCGCGACACCCCGCAAUCAUCGAAGUGGCAUCUAGUCCAAAACGCUCUUCCGCACAUGGACGUGAAUCCAUAUCGUAUCGUCCUGGAAGUCGUGAUGGUAUCUCUAGUAUACCUAUAAGUUCUCCUCGCCGAUCAAGCACCGACGUACAGUCAGGUAGCUCGAGCGGUGGUAGAAGCAGAUUACCAAGAAAUUCGGGUAUAUACGCUUCUAGGCCCAGCUUAAGUGCAGCCGCAGCUGUCUCUCAAAGUGAGAUUAUGAUGUCGAAUAAGGAGAACAUAGGGAGUUCAUCAGAGGGCAUCAGUCGAUUCUCCGGCAGGCCAUCAAUCUCAGAGUCGAGCGUCAUUUCUAGCAGUCGUACCAGUGCUUCGUCUUCAUCGAUAUUGGGGAAAUCGAGAAGAAGCCGAGCGCCGAGCGAAGGCAAGCAGAAGUGGAAUAACUAG